AUGACACUGAUGUCUCUGCAAAUUUUCAAUCGCCGUCGACCGGGAGAGAUCGAGAGAUUAUACAUUGAAGAUUUUCAGAGUCAUCGUGGACUUGACCAUGUAACAGAUGGUGAGACGUAUAGAGCGUUAAGUGCAAAGGGGAAAAAGUUGGCCAGAAAAUAUGUGAGAUUAGAGAUCAGGGGCAAGCUUGAAUACAUAUUAUUUGGAUUGCCUUCAACAGACAACGGUCGUCCACGUCACCUCCAAGCAUUUGACCUGAUGCGAGAAUAUUCGGUCAAGUGUGAGGCUGAAAUACUUGAUACUCUACGUGGUACGACUUUGAGGAUGCACAUUGCGACAAGAUGCAUCAAUUUGAAUCUUACUGAAGAUCAAGCGACUGACCUUGCCAACUUUAUGGGUCAUGCGGAAAAAAUUGAUAAAGACAUAUAUCGUCAGCUUGUUCUGGAGACUGAUUGUUUCGUACCGAAAAUAUUAUAAAAAUACUGAAUGUUGUUGAAUGUUUCGUCUCCAAUAACGAAAUGAUUUCUUGUCGGAAUUUAAUAAGACUAAGUAGCAAUAAUAAUAAUUUAGGAAUAUAUCAUAAUGAGAGGUCGAGGGCUGGAGGCUCAAACUUUCCCAUUUAGUUUCUACUUUUCAAGGGUCCGCCAUAAAUUAUACGCGUUUCUGGUUCCCUUCCUUUUUCUUCUUUUUUUUUCUCUCAUUUUUUCUUAAAAUGUUAGAAGACAGGGUUGUCAAUCUUUCCAUACGUAGAGUCCAGUUUACGACAUAAUCCUUUGCCAGCCGUGUACUUACUUCUUUUCCAAGGGUUCAUUUUUUCCCAACGGCUAAUUCCUUACACAUGCAAAGACGUUUCCCGUACUUUCCAAAUUCCAAUAUCCAGCUCGAAGGGUGGGGUUCUUUCUUUCUUUUGACCAAUCAGAAUCCUUGGGAGUUGUGACGAAGAGAGGAUUCCCUCCUCCAGCCCUCGAACCUCUUAGACAAAAAUUAGUUCUAUCAACGACAUCGUGCGAAAGGGUAGCCUAAAACCCUCAAUAUUGUAACCGCGUGAUCUCAAAGAAAAAGAACCUAAAGUGCAACGUAAAUUACAAACUAAAAUUACUCUGUCCGUCUCGCUUGCUCGUGUAUCCGUAUCAUCUAUAAAAAAUAAAUACCAAUUUAAAAAAGGUGUCUGUGUUACGCAUAAGUGAUUCCUCAAAAGACAAAAUAAAAAUAGAAGCCUUUACACAUCUCGAGUGAUAUUAAAUUGUUAACUCGAGUGUAACAAACGUGUGUUGUUACAUUGAAUAUCUCGCGCGUUGAAUGUUAAUCUGGGCUAUUC